UAAGAGUAAAUACGAUGAUGUCACUUUUAGAGAAAAAUUAGAAACAAUUUAACUAGAAAGAUGACAGAAGUUGAUGAUAAAAUGCUAGACAGCCAGCUAGCUAGGUCCCGCACCCAGCAAAGGGGCGCGGGCACGCUGCCGCCAUCCGGGAAGUGUCAGCUGCUUUCCUUUGCGGUUACCAAACGCGUCUCAAAUUGUUACAGUUCUCUCCUGCAACUGCACAGCUUCCAGGGCCUCCAGAAGCCUUGAUUCUGCAUCUGACUGUCCUGGAUAUUAUGGGUCAUGGCGCAAGAUGAUGCGUCUGGCUGGUACAGGGAGCCCGCGUCUUCCGCCUACCAUUCUUUUCACUGAAACUGAGCCUGCCCUCCCUUGCACGCUGUAUGCAGAUAGCCCGGGGGGGGGGGGCGGGGCCCUUCCCAACGAGGCUAUAAAUUCUGUAACACUUCGGUUCCUGCGGGGUUGAACCCCAAGAUGUAAAGAGCAGCCCUGGCUUGUGUUUACGACUGGGGCUAGCCCCGCCGCCGUCCAGAAUUUUAUAAUGAAGACACGGGUAGAAAAAGACCAACGCAAAUUUGCCUAGUGUAAAAGCAGGUGCCAGGCCAAAGAGAGGGAGAGAAAACUAAAGUGAAACCCCCCUCCCCGAGGAGAGCUGGGACAGAUACGCCCAGAACGUGGCUCUCCGCCUCCUCCUAGCAGCCGGGGGAGAAGGGGGAAUCACUGCGGACGGCGGGGUUCUCUUUAUCUCGUGGUAGGAGGCCUUUCAGGCCAGAAGGACCACUGAAAGGAUUUGAUACAGGGGUUUUUGUGCAAGGUGGUUUUAAAAGGCAAAGAAAAGAGUGAUCCCAGAGCAGCGCUCCUGACAGGCGCAGAGGCACUCCCCAUCCGGCUAUUAUUUAUAUUAGCCUCGUCUCAAUUUGACAGCUGCAACAGCUCCUCCCUCACGAUGGAGCUGCAUUGUGGAAAAACCACGUGGAGGUGGCGGGUGCGUGUUCCGGGCUUGGCCCCGCCAUUUAUCCACUGCGUGCCUUUGGCCCUCGUGCUCUCUGCUUCUGGGCCCCGGGUUUCUUAUCUGUUAGAUGAGGGGCCCCUUGCAGUUCUAAGAGCCAGUGCUUCCUUUAGUCUCCGUGAGCCCAGCUAAGAACCAUCGGGAGGGCUGAGAACCAUCACAUCGCAUGGGUUUCUCCUCCCCAUGCCGGCGACAGCCAGUGAAAACAAACAGUAAGAGCAACUUAAGAACAGGGGAUGCAGAGAAAGGGACAGGGAGGACACUGUUGCCAAGAAAACCAGCCCUGGGAUCAUGUUUGUUUUCUGCGGGAGAGGAGAGGGGUGACGCAUGCCCAGUCUGUGUCACAUGAGCUGCAUGCCUUUUCAUAGCAUCCGUGGUGUAUGGAAUCCACCAGCUCCUCUCCCUGUGGCCUCCUUUCUCCAACUUAGGUUCUUUUGGUCCCAUACAGCAGGUGACCAGGCAGUCACUCAGCCCCGUGACUCCUGUGCCCAUCAGCCCAAGCGUAGGUUCUCCGAGCUUCCUCGCCCGCCGCUUUACAAGGCAGUAAUUGCCUCCUGUGCCCUGGCUCAACAGACGAGGAGACGAGCCCGGCACAGCUCAGCGCUUGCACCCUUCGCUGAAGCUCACACAUCUCUUUCUGCCCCCUCCCUGUCACCAGAGCACCCCAGACACGCCCACAAACAGGAUAAACCUGCAGAACGGCAUCCUCGCCCGCCAGAAGACGACGAAGAAAAAAAUACCCCUGGUAUCUCCAAGGUUCCUGCCUUUUCUGUCAUUGGGGAACGCAAAGGUAUCUCAGUAACAAAGAAGACGCAUACAUCUCAAAUUGAAAUUAUUCCAUGCAAGAUCUGUGGAGACAAAUCAUCAGGGAUCCAUUAUGGUGUCAUUACAUGUGAAGGCUGCAAGGGCUUUUUCAGGAGAAGUCAGCAAAGCAAUGCCACCUACUCCUGUCCUCGUCAGAAGAACUGUUUGAUUGAUCGAACCAGUAGAAACCGCUGCCAACACUGUCGAUUACAGAAAUGCCUUGCCGUGGGGAUGUCUCGAGAUGCUGUAAAAUUCGGCCGCAUGUCGAAAAAGCAGAGAGACAGCUUGUAUGCAGAAGUCCAGAAGCACCGGAUGCAGCAGCAGCAGCGCGACCACCAGCAGCAGCCCGGGGAGGCCGAGCCGCUGACUCCCACCUACAACCUCUCGGCCAACGGGCUGACGGAGCUUCACGACGACCUGAGCAACUACAUCGACGGGCACACCCCUGAGGGCAGCAAGGCAGACUCUGCUGUCAGCAGCUUCUACCUGGACAUACAGCCUUCCCCGGACCAGUCGGGUCUUGAUAUCAAUGGAAUCAAACCAGAACCAAUAUGUGACUAUGCACCAGCAUCCGGCUUCUUUCCCUACUGUUCCUUCACCAACGGAGAGACCUCCCCAACUGUGUCCAUGGCAGAACUAGAACACCUUGCACAGAAUAUAUCGAAAUCACACCUGGAAACGUGCCAAUACUUGAGAGAAGAGCUCCAGCAGAUAACGUGGCAGACCUUUCUGCAGGAGGAGAUUGAGAACUAUCAAAACAAGCAGCGGGAGGUGAUGUGGCAAUUGUGUGCCAUCAAAAUUACAGAAGCGAUACAGUAUGUGGUGGAGUUUGCCAAACGCAUUGAUGGAUUUAUGGAACUGUGUCAGAACGAUCAAAUUGUGCUUCUCAAAGCAGGCUCUCUGGAGGUGGUGUUUAUCAGAAUGUGCCGUGCCUUUGACUCUCAGAACAACACCGUGUACUUUGACGGGAAAUAUGCCAGCCCCGAUGUCUUCAAGUCUUUAGGUUGUGAAGACUUUAUUAGCUUUGUAUUUGAAUUUGGGAAGAGUUUAUGUUCUAUGCACCUGACUGAAGAUGAAAUUGCAUUAUUUUCUGCAUUUGUCCUGAUGUCAGCAGAUCGCUCAUGGCUGCAGGAAAAGGUAAAAAUUGAAAAACUGCAACAGAAAAUCCAGCUAGCUCUUCAGCACGUCCUACAGAAGAAUCACCGAGAAGACGGAAUACUAACAAAGUUAAUAUGCAAGGUGUCUACGUUAAGAGCCUUAUGUGGACGACACACAGAAAAGCUAAUGGCGUUUAAAGCAAUAUACCCAGACAUUGUGCGACUUCACUUUCCUCCAUUAUACAAGGAGUUGUUCACUUCAGAAUUUGAGCCAGCCAUGCAGAUCGAUGGGUAAAUGUAUCAGCUAAGCACUUCUAGAAUGUCUGAAGUACAAACAAUGAAAAGCAAACCCACCAACAAACAAAUUAACCGAGACACUUUACAUGGCCCUGCACAGACCUGGAGCGCCAACACAUUGCACAUCCUUUGGUGAUCGGGGUCAGGCAAAGGAGGGGAAACAAUGAAAACAAAUAAAAGUUGAACUUGUUUUUCUCAUGCAUAUGAUUUCCAUUAUGCCUACAGAUAUGGACCCUUUUUCUGUCUCGACUUCUUGAUCGUUGACCUCUGUUUACAACAGAAGGCGGGUACUAAAGUUGGAGGAUGUCUUUUUCUCGUAGCUCACUGCCCACAGACUUUCUACAGAGUCACCAGUCUGUCCUAACAGCAGAGAGUCCAGCGCUAAUCGGUGACUGGCGUGCAUAGCGGAGGUGGCAGCAUAACUUUGCACAACUUGCUCUUUGUCUCAUGAAGGAAGUUUUUAUUUUUUUCACCGAUUAUUGCCAGUCAGCAGGAUGGCACGAAAAGGGUCCAUAGCACUAGCAACAAAUAGCAUUAUAAUAUAUUACAGGGUAAAUGGGCAUGAAGACUAUAUAUAGCUAAAAGAGAUAUUGUUUAUAUAUUGUUUUAAUUAAUAUAAAAUGUAGUUACUGGUGUAGCUUUUCCUGUUGAAUUGAUAAGGCACUUUCAUUUUGCACCUUUUUUCUUUAAAUUAAAUGCUAGUAGCGUGUUCACUGUUGUGUCGCAUGUGCACCAGAAACACAAGUUUAACUGAGAAGGCUUGGAAGGUACGUCGGGAGGUUUUUAUGCUGCUGUUUACACAAUGACUUUUAAAGGACUGGCUGGUCAUAUCUAGAAAUCACGCUGUUGGAUAUUUUUUUUUUUUUAAGAUGUGAAUUUGGACUUAGAGCUCUCCCUAAAUUGUACUUUGCUUUUUGGGAAGUUUAGGGAUAGAUGUGUUUACGCUUCAUACAAAGUUGAAGGAUGGAUCGGUGCCGGGGAUUUACGCCCUCACGCACAUUAUUUUUUUUAAAGCUUUUUAAAAUGCCGCCUCGUGGUGGCUGGGGAGGAGAGGCUCAUUUUGCACCAUUCAGUAGUUACACAGGCUCAGUCUCAACUUGGAAUUCUUAUGCUUUGAGAUCAGAUUAGUAACCAGAAUAUUUAUCGGAAUCUAGCUUUUCUUAGAAGAAAGACCCAAAGAUUAUGUCAGGAGCAAGUGCACACUCCCCACAUGAAGGCAUGAAGCAUUUACUUGUGAAUGUUCAUGUUCUUGGUAUAAUCCAGAAACCCUGAGAGUUCAUCUCAGAGCGGACUAUUGCUAGACUGACCGCCUCUCGAUGGGAUAAUUCCGGAAUACCGCUCUCCAUAUUUCACGGCCAGUGGAGAGGGAGACAAUGGAGGCCUAUGAUGCUGAACCAGUUUCUCUUAUUUAAAUAUCAGAUAUUUUAACCUUUAAAGUGAAGUUGAUGCAAGCUGCAAACAUUUACUUUUAUAUUUAUCUUCACUAGAAAACUGUGGACUGUAAUUUAUUUUAUUAAAUAUUUAGAAGAUUGUUUGGCAUUUGUGUUCAGGUAAGAAAGAACGAGUUUUUUUUUGUUUAAUUUCAUGGGUUUAGUUUUUUUUUUAAACAAUUCCCAGUGGGGAAAUGGAGAAGAAACAGUCUGAUAGACAAGUGUGCAUAUUUUAAAAAUAAGUGACCUUCAGGAACGUAGGCAUUUCGAUGAUGGUUUUAGUCACCCUUGGGGUGGGAUUCAAACUUCUGGUCUGACAUCAAAGACCAUGUUUGUACAGAAAAGAGACCACCUUCCCGUAGAGGUGGGAGUUUGCAAGCAGCCCUUUACAGGGAAGGAAGUGUCUCCUCUCCCGCCAGGGUCCCUCCUGAAUCUUCCCGCAGGAAUUCAACUCCUGACACUGUACUGGGUCCCCAAGUGCAGGCGUCCCAGAGCCCUCGCUCUGCGUUUAACUCCACUGACUUUCUGAAUUGUUUCCUGAGGGCCUUGGGAAAGGGGAAGGGAGUGUUCACACAGAAAUGUGUAUGAAGCCUAAAUAACAUCUAAAAAAAAUUUUUUUUUCAAAAAUAUAGUAAGAGUUUAACCAGAAAUAGAAGACGAGAGUAAUAUUUACUUAAACUUCUUACAAGCGUGUAAAACUUUAUGUGAGUGUUUAUAUAGAGAGGUAGCUAUCAGCAUAUAGUAUUUAUAUUUGGGCAAGAAGGGUUGAAUCAGAUUUUUAAUUUAAAUAAGCGUAGUUCCUAUAAAGAUCAAUAGUAUUUAUACUCUGCAAAGAGUACCAAGCUUAGUUCAGUUAUUUAUUUCUCCAUUUUUUUACCCCUGUUGUUUCUCCUUUGUGGGGGAAAUGGUGUGUUUCUAUUUUGGUUUUCUUUUGUUUUUUGUUUUUGUUUGUCAUUCUGACUCACUAAAUUGGGGGAUGGUUUUAUUAAAGUAUAUUAACUUCUUUUUAACCAAAGCUUUCUGAAUAUGACCAGCCUCAGGUGCUAGCUAGCGCAUUAAAGAGCAACUAAACCUAAUUCCAGUGUCCACUUGUGAAAUGAUGAGUACUGAUUGAACUUCUCUAAGGGUGAGAGAGAACGCAAUGUUGAUCUUAAAUUUUCCCAGAAAGGAUUUUGCAUGUACCCAAUGCAAAAAAAAAAAAAAGAUGCUCUAAUCUCAGUAAUAGUCACACCAUGGUGACGUUGCUUUUGGAGUAAACCAAGAUACGUUGACAUGAUGCUGCUACUGGGUCUUCCGGAAAGAAAAACAGGGUGUGGACUUUGAGAGCAAAGUACAUCGACAGUGUAGGGACAGAAUAAUAGAGGCGGGCUUGGUGAAACGUGGGAACAACUGGCAUUUGGAACGAGGUUGGGAUCUGAAGUUAAACAACAAUUUCGGUUGAAAAAAUUAUGAAGUACAGAAAAGGAUGUGAAAACCUUUGUAUUUUUAUUUUCUUAUUAUAGAAACACCUCUGUGAUGACACAAACUACUUGGCGAUACAGAACAAUUGUUCUUAAUAGUUCUUAUAAUUAAAAUUGCCUAAACUUAGAUGUCCGAUAGGCUUUUAAAGACUGGAAUCACAUCAUUGUUAUUCCGGCUACUAUAAUGCCUUUUAUACAAAUUUUUUUACAUAGGGUAAAUAAGGCUUUUAUAUAAAGCCUGCAUACCUUCAGUUACAAUGGUAUCCAGAUGGUUGCAUUAUAUUGUGAAGAACCUGGCCUUGGUCACAAUGAAAACAAAAGUGCAGAAGAAAGUGCUUUUGGGGACAGUUUGCAAAUUGUGGUAAAGCUCUGGAUUUUUUUUUUUUUUUAAGUGUUCAGCAUCCUAAUUUGCGUUAAAGCUAUGGAUUUUUAUUUUUUCAGUCUUCAGCAUCCUAAUUCACCCUUUCUAACUUAAGGAAAACAUUACUUAAGACACUGCUUCUAAGUUUGGUUGUUCUUUAUAGUGUGGAUACUCAGAUCUCUGAGCGUAUGGGGGUGGGCUGAGGGUCAGGUGAGGAGGGAGUGUGCGUGCGUGUGUGUGGUUUUCGUGCGUAUGAUGGUGUGUGUGUGUGUCGGACCGCUUCUAGGCUACUAAGUGUCAAUGGAAAAGAAAAUGUAUUCAAAAUACUUAAAUCAAGACUAGAAGAUGGGGAAAAAAAGAUUUAUUCUAUACAAAGCCUUGUCUGGACCACUUUAGAGAGACUUCUAUUUUUUUAACCCUUCUAUAAAUAUUUGAUGGCACUUGAAAUAUUCCUGCAAUAAAAUGUGAUUUGUGUAAAGAAAAAAAAACAGAUUUUGUAAUGUGAAACAAAGAAAGAAAGUAAUGUAAUUUUCUAAAAAAAAAAAUACAAACAAACAAACUUUGUAUUAUUUUCUUGAUGGAAUUUGUCUAUCUGUCUUUGGAAAACUUUUUAUUUCAUUGAAUGUGCCAUAGUCGAAGUACGUGUUUUUCGUUUUAGACUAAAGGAAUCGCUGUUUGUGUUCCGACAUUCCAAAAUGCAAAGCACCCUAGUAGAAUCUUUGAUGAAAAGGUUUAAGUAGGAUGUAAGCUUCUCUCCUUGUUGCUUUUUUGCACAUGUCCUUCAUUCCUCUCUAGUGCAAUAUGUACAUAGAGCACUUGCGGGUGUACCUUGAUCCCUCAGGGAAAAAUACAUAUUUGUACAGUUUUGGGGUUUUUUUUGGUUUGUUUUUUGUUUGAUUUUGUUGGGGUUUUUUUUUUUCAUUUUGUUUUGUUUUGGUUGGUUUUCCUUUUGUUUUUGGCUAAGGAAUGUCGAUUGAAUCACUUGUUAUUGUUGAGGGGCAGCCAGAUAAUAAUCCUAAAGCCACUGUUUCCAACAUUGAUUGUUUAAAUCAUGUGUCCUUCCAGUGCUAUGAAGAUUAAUAAUAAUAAAAAGUUAUUUUCUGACAGUUCUUUGUGCUGAUUGGUGAAAAAAAAAGGGGAAAUAAGCACCUUAUGAUUGACUUACUGUGAAUGACAAUCCAUCUUGAGAUCAACACUAGAAGCCCUAUCAUUUUGGAGUUGGGGUUAAGAGUCAGAAACAAUGUGCUCAGGGAUCUUCUAAAACUCUUAAAAACAGGGUGGCCAGUACUACUGGGACAAAAUUGUGUUUUUUAUUGUUAAUAGUAAUGAUAAUACUAUCCCUCCAAGGCACAAAUGAACUGUGUAGAGCUGCGUGUGUGUAGUGUGUGUAUAAACUAUUCACUAUUGUCUCGUUUUGUUCAGUUCAAAAUGUAUAUGUUCUUCAGUCUUGUGUGCUUAAAAACACUGAGUAACUUCCAAAGCAGUACAAGGCAAUGCCAGCAUGUUCAAAAGAUAAACUAAUAGGUAAUAUACCAACAGAGACUUCAAAGUACAGUCCUGCAUACUCCACUUACUAUUUCUCUACUAAUUAAAAUAUUCAUGAUAAAUAUACUUACAGCAUUAUAUAUUAAAAACUACUUCAAAUUCUACAUAACAUGGAUAAAAAUUUUAAAAGCCAGUAAUGAGAUGAGAGCCCUGCCCAUCAGUGAAAUGAGAGAGGGAAAAGGUGAAACUUUUCUUUUCCCCAAAUACCAGCAAAUAAUUCCUUUUUUCACAAUGUUCUCCUCUAGAAACAAACCAAAAAACUCCCUUUAUUUCACACAAUUCUUCUACAUUUGUAGUUUUUAUCUGUUGAAUUAAUGUUUAAAGACAUGCAGGACUCACAUGAGCCAGCCUUUAGGGUUAUAUUUUACAUUUUUUGAAAUAUUUUGAAAGUACUAUUUCCAUAUAUUACUUUCCGUCAGUGAAUCUCAGUUGGCUUUGAUUCUUCCACACCUGGAAUACACAUUCAGAAGAAGCUUUACAGUUUUCUUACUACCACUGAAGAGCAUAAUCUGGAAUAACUUUCCAUGUCGUUUAGCUAAAAAAGUAAACCUUUACCUUAUUGUUUUUGACAAUAAAGACUAUGGAAAAUGACCAAAAUCUCUCUCUCACUCUCCCCACACAUGUAUAUGCAUACACACACGGAGGUUGUUGACAUGUUUACCUAUUGUAACAUUUGUUGCCACUUCUUUCUUAUAAAGAUAUGACAGCAGAAGCCCACAGAAGCAACUUUAUAUUAUGGAUCAGACAGUAUGCCCAGAAAUUCAAGGGCAGCAGUGAAUCAUCUCUUGCCAAGAGUCUAUGAUACAGGUCUUCAUUGCAUUCUCAAAACACCAGUAUUAUUAAAGAGGUUCCACCAAAUAUGAUUAAAGAGACCUUCCUUUUAUUGUUUAUUCUUAAGAAAUUAGAAGGCUGGCAAGCAAUGGCUUUACAAAGCAGCUGGUUUCACUUCUGGGUCUGUUUGCUUGUUUGGAUAAGUAAGAUCACUUUUGUCUGGCUCUCAGAACAAUUUCUGAAAUAAUCCAGAAGCCUGGCUUCAUACCAAGGAAACAUCGUAAAUGGGGGAGACUCCAUGUUGAACCAGACCCUCAGAACUUAGAGCAAUAAACACAUUCAGUCAUUUUAUUUAUUUAUUUAUAAAUGAAUGACAGAACAUUCAAUCCAAAUAGGAACCAUGUUUUUUUCAGCGAUGCAACUUGACAUGGAGUCUUGUGUUAAGAAAAUCAACAUGAGGUUUUAAGUAGAUGCCUAGAAAAUCUGUGUUGGCUGUUUAGUCUAUUUGCCACCUUAGCAAUAUCACUCAUCUUUUUCUUUUUUCCUUCUGAGAACUGAUGAAAGAUGGCUUGCUAUUAGCUUUGACGUGCUGCACGUGCCAUUACGUUGUUCUCCAAGAGCAAUUCAAUUCUCUCCCAUGUUCGUGUGCGAUUCCUUUCUAACUCAUUAUUACUUUGAUGUGGAUGAAUACUAUUUCUAGGAACUUGGUUAUCAUUGAACAGAUUGCAUAUGUAAAUGCAGAUAAUUCUUGAGCAAUAUAGUGAAUAUGAUUUCACACAAAAAAAAAAAUAAAAUCCGUAUGUACUGUACACAUCUUCCUGAAUCCAAAAUUCUCUUCUUAUCUACGGUGGUUUGAAAUUUCAUAUACAACAGUGGUAAAUCUUUAAACAUUAGGACAUUAGCUGGCUGCUUCUUUAAAUGUUCCUGUAUUGUCCGCCUGCUCCUUUUGUGGAGAUGUGUUUUUGUAUUGGAUGUUUGGGCCAAUGGGAGGCUUCAAGCUACAACAUAUUUUCCCAGUUUAAAUAUAUUUAACAUAUGACAAACCCCAGACAAGGCUUUUAAUAUGUAUAAAGAACUGCAGUGUUAGGUGGUUUAUUUGCAAACCGUUUUCAAUGUUGUCCAUUUUUAUGGCACCUUUAACAAUAUUCUUGUUUCCAAAGUACAAAAAAAAAAAAAAAAUAGGUUAAAUAAUCUAGCCAUAACUGAAUGUCAAGCAAUAAAACAAAUGACUUUUGUGCAUAGACUUAAAAAAAUACAAAUUUUAGACAUCUGCAUGUAAAUGCAAUCUCUUGUUUACUGCUUUCUUCAACUUGAGCAAUUGAUUCCUUAUUUACUAUUAACUUAAGAACUUGUAAUGGCCUGUAAACAUUUUCUCUCUUACUCUUCUUUCAAAUUUACCUUCGUCCCUGCUUUUGAGUCAUAAUAUUUAAUGUUGUUCUGCACAUCUCUAUACAGUUAACUUUUUGGCUUUCAUUCUGUAUAGAUAAGAAAAUGUUAUAUUAUAAACAGCCUACUCAGUGCAAAUAUUUAUCUGUUUAUCAAAUCCACAAUAUGCUGUAUAAUACUGGUUUUACUAUAUAAUCUAUUUUAGACAUAGCUGUUUAGAACUAGAGUGUGCUAUUUUUGUGUUUUUCUGAUGUGUGGUGCUAGAUAAGUUACUUUUGUGAACAACAAAAAAAAACCCUUUUAUUCCUAGACAAUACCACCUUUGGGUCUUGUUAAUUUCACUGAGUAUAACUAUAUAUUUGUAUAUAUAUACAUAUAUAUAUAUCUACCUGUGCCCAACUGGCAGCUGUAUCAGAGUGCUGGAUUUGGGACAUGCUUUUCUCUUUAAAUACAUAAUAUCAUUAUAUAAAUUAUUCUAGAGUGUAUUUAAUUAGGAUAAAAUUACUUCCUUAGUAUGGAUAUUUGACAUCUAUAGGGUGAAUUUGUUUAUAAAUAUGGAUCUAUGAAAACUUAUUAGCAUUUACUUUAUGUUUGCUACUUGGCUUUAUACCGUAUCUCCUGAGCUGAGAAAUAAUUUGCCAGGCCUUCAAGCUCCUAAAGAAACACUCUAGUUUAACGGAGUGGUUAUUUUUUUCUUACUAAGGAAUUAUAUUAUUGGCACCUGACAGAGUUGUGUACUUAGCUCCUAUUAUAGACAAUAGGUACUUGUUUAAAAUCUCCUUGGUGGCUUGAUGGCAGAAUAAACCUUUCCCCUCCUACCUGAGCCAUGAGAAAUGUAGAGACGUCCGCUGUCAUGGUGGAACGUGGGCCAUAAGCAAAUUUGACAAGGGAUGUUCUGUGUGAAUAUAACCUCAACCAGUUCCAUGAACUGAGUGAAGGACUUUCCUUUUUAAAGUCAUUUAAUAAUGAGCUUAGUUAAACUCUUUCCCCUGUUCUCCCGAGACCUAUUGGCAUUGUAAAGUCAAAGUGUAUCAAAUAUCUAACUAAGGAUGUAGUUAACCUUAUUAAAUAUUGGUUAGAAUUGUUCUGUACUAUUACUGAAUUUGUAAGAUCUUUAGCAAAGAUUUUUGAGCAAUUUAUAAAUAUAGAGCAAAUGUUUCUGUUUACUGCACUUUUUGUAAUUGAAGGUGAUAAAUUCUCAAGCCAUGGUUAUUGGCUUCCAUGCACUGAAUAUUUGCCCACAAUUCUAGACAUUUUCCAUUUUUAUGGAAGAGUUGCUGUUACCUUAAUUAUAAAUGCAAUCAUGUGGUUAAUGAGAGCUAAUGCUAAUAGUUAACCUUUUAAAGUGAAUUGGCUACCGUUUAGGGAGACAUCUCCUUUAAUACAAAUCACAUCAUUCCUUAUUGCUUCGCUUAGAAAGGGAUUGAAAUCUUUUUUUUAGCACCAUUUAGUAUCCUUAGCUUCCUGAGGAUGGUGAUUAUAUCUCUUUGUGUCUGCACAAUGGCCAGCACAUGUCAGCAUUUGGUAAUUGUUAAAUGACAUCAAGUGUGCCCCAAUUCAAACUGUUUUCCUGGGUUGUUUUGGUAAAUUUACAAAGUAUGCCAAGCCUUAUGGUUAAUGUUUUCUUCUAAAACUGAGUAUGAAAGCCACAUUUUAAAAGACCACAUGAAAUGCUGAUUCUAAUUGUGUGUAGGUCUUGAGGAUUAAGCACACAAAUUUCACAAAACUCUGUGAGUAACAAACUCAGCCUUCUGUAAAUAUACAUGCCAGUUUGGAAAUGGUAAUACUGUACCUAUGAAUAUAUGCUGUCUGUUUUGUGUACAGUAUGUAAAAACUCCUUUUCUGCCACACUAAAAAAAUGCAAGCCAUUUAUGGGAAUCCUAAAAAUAGUAUUGUACUAAAACUUUGCUAAUGAUCUUUAUUAGAGAUCAUCCAACUUUUCACUUACAUUGGGUUUUCUUUUCAAUUCACUCUUACAGUAGUCUGCUUAUUUCCAGCUGUUUGUUAUUUUAUUGAGUCCUGAAUUUAAAAAAAAAAUAUUUUGAUUCAUUUUGUAAAUACAAGCUGUAAAAAAAAAAAGAGAGAUUUAAUGUUGUCUUUUAAAUACUCCGAUUUUCAUUCUAAUAUGAAUGUUGUUAUAUUGUACUUAGAAACUGUACCUUUAAUAUUACAUUACCUUUAUUAAAAGUGCAUUGAACACAUCAAUUUUAGAUGUGCUUUAUGUACUGUUAUCCUAUAAUAAAAUUUCAGCUUCUAAUGGAA